CCCUUACUGCGGGUCUCAAGCUCCAUCGCUGGCCUUGACCGGCCACUCCACCGUGCACGUCAGCGCGCGCAGCCCGGGCAGCCCGCCGGAACGAGCUCUGCGCCGUGCGGCGCAGUCGCUGUUGGGCCUGGCAUUGGCGCUGCCUAGGCGCAGUUCCACCCGUGGAAGCUGCGGGCGCAUGGCCCUGGCGGCAGCCACGGCGGUGCCACCCACUACCCAGGAUGCAGGUGUGCUCCUCAUUGAGCAUUUGAAUCUGAACGUGUCCAGCACACAGGUGGCAUUGGAGUUUUACGAGGCGCUCGGCUGCUGCCGCGAUGCGCGUCGGCCAAUGGGCAAGACACUACACAGCAACUGUGGGGCCCUGACUCAGUUCCAUACGCCUUCGCCGGACAACGAAGCCUAUAUCGCAGACGCGGGGCCACAGCAGUGGCGUGGCGUGAUCAGCGUGGCCUACGCCAGCCUGACAGAACUGCAGGAGGCUGUGCAACGGCUUGAGCAGCUGAAGGGACAGGAGCAUUUCAGGGAUUCUCAACUGGAAGUGGGUCCCUGGGAGGAGUCCCAGGAGGAGCUCCAUGUCCGUGGCCCCUACGGCAACCGCUUCCGGCUCCACGUGGCCUCCACCGCGCUGGCGCUGGCGCUGGGCCGCGAUGGCGAACGGUCGCGGCCGGGGAGCGAAGGAAGCCACUGCGUGGGGAUGGAUACCUUGACCCUGGAGGUCCCAGUGGGCACUGCAGAGAGAGCCGCCCAGUUCUACAAGGAGGUGCUGGGCUGCCAACUAGCUACCAGUGGGGACUGUGGUGUGCGGGCCGGCCCUGAGCUGCAGCAGAACCUGCGUUUUCAGGAGGUGGAAGGUUCCACUGGUGCGGAGUUGGGUGAGCACAUGGCCAUCUACGUGGCGGACUUUGAAGGAUGCUUCCAACGGCUCCUGGACCGAGGGCUGAUUUGGGUGAAUCCUCGCUUCGUUCAUUUGGACAAGUCCACCACCCUGGAAGAGGCCUUGCACUACAGCUGCUUUCGCUUCAAAGAUGUGGUGGAUGUGUCUACUGGAGAAAAGUUGUUUGAGCUUGAACAUGAAGUGCGCAACACGCAGCACAAGAGCUGGCCGAUGGCCUGAGUGGAUCAGAAAUCGAUAUGAUAUAAAACAAGGUGCUGUGAGAGCAUCAUCUGCAU